AUGACGGAUCAACUUCAACAAACCCAAGAAUCUCUCAGCACAGCUUCAGAUCAAGCAUCUGAGAAGUGGAAUGUGAUGAGUGAAGAGCAGAAGAAACAGACAUUCGACGCCCUCCCCGAAGAGCAGAAAAAAGGCAAGACUUCGUACGUGGAGUGGAUUCAGGAGGGUUAUCAUAAUCAAUAUCGGAAUUGGAUGCCUUGGAUUGAAGAUCAGUAUUUAAAGUGGUUUACUAAGGAUAAUAAGACGAGUUAUGCUGCGAAAGACACGCUGGAUAAAUCCAAAAUCACAGGCGUCUCGCAAAUCGAUAACGUCCAAGAUGGCGUCCACUCCACCGUUUCCGGCACGAUGGGACAAGGGGGUCUGCUACAGCCUGUCGGGGAUGCGGUUUCCAAAGAGGGCAUCAAUCGCGCGGAGAGAGGGGAGGAUGUGGGAUAUACACAGAGUAUGACGGAUGGAGUCAAGGGGGCUGGGGAAGGGAUUGUUGGGGGUGUUAAAGGGGCUGGGGGAUAUGUUGGGGGGAUGUUUGGGGGGAAGGAGGAGGCGAAGUGA